AUGGCUUCAGUAAAGAAUAACGGGUCAAUAAUAGACCCAGCCCUGUGUAGAUGUUGUCGAGCUAUAAAAAAAUGUAGAAUUCUCACAGAGGAAUAUACUUGGAUGGAAAAGAAGGAAGUGUACUCCGAAAUGAUAAUGGACUGUUUUGGUAUAUUGCUAUCGCACGUAGACGACAACGAAAAAGACUGUGGCGUUUGCGCGACGUGUGUCGUCCGUCUCAGAGACGCGUGCGCGUUCAGGAAUCAGGUACUCCAGUGUGAGGAGCUGUUCCUUAGUGCUAAGCUUCAAGACAAGGAUGUUGAUGAAGGAAUAAAAGUCGACAAGGUUUCUCUGGAUAUAGAACUUAAGAUGGAACCCAAUGAUGAUGUCAGUGAUCACGACUCACUGGGACCGGAUAUACCAGACAAUGAUGAUGAUAUGUCAGUGAACAUGGAUGAUCGUGGCGCUGACUGGAUCAUGGACAAAGUUAAACCUUCUAAAAAAGAAGAACCAAUAAAAGACAAAGCAGAAGUUCCUACAGAAGAUGCCUCUAAACUUCUAGACGAUGACGACGACAGCGACUGGUCAGCCUCCUCAUCGGACUCAGAUAAACCUAUCAAGAAGAAAGCUAAGAAGAAAAGCAGUAAAGGUAGCAAUGGGUCUCCUAAAAAGAAGAAGGUGGCUAGUAAAAAGCAGAAAGCAGGAACCUCAUCAACUAAAAAAGAAAUUCCAAAAGCCAUUAAACCAAAACCUCCUGUAGAGAAGAAAAACAAUUAUGACAGAGACUUAGAUUGCAUGUCCGAAGAAAAUUUACUCACUAUCAUCCAAUAUUCAUAUGUGUGUCCGUUCAAAAACAGACGCAACAAUUACUACUGUUUUUACUGCAAAGACUACUAUCCAAAACCGGAGGAUUUAAGAGAACACACUAUAGGACACGACACCAAGCCUUUUCAGCUGCUCAUGGGGUACAAGAAAAUGAUUAAAAUCGACAUUACAAGAAUAGAUUGUCGGCUGUGUCAAAUGAAAAUAGACGAUUUAAAUGUAUUUAAACAGCAUAUAGACGAAAUUCAUCAUAAAAAGAUAUAUUUUGAAGCGCCGGACAAAAUGUUACUAUUUAAAUUAACUUGGAACGAUUUAGUUUGUGUAAUGUGUAGUGAUGUGUUCGAAGAUUUCAACACACUAAACACACAUAUGGUAGAACACUUUAGUAACUACACGUGUGAUAUUUGCGGUGUAUGUUUCUUAGAAAAACCAAGAUUGGAUGCCCAUUUGAAACGACACAAGGACGAUGAGAGACAUACCUGUGAAGUCUGCGGGAAAGUGUUCAAAUCUAACCAUUAUAAGGAUAUGCAUGUAGAUAUUGUACAUAAGAAAAAGGCCAUUAUUCGUUGUCCACGGUGUGAUGAAUGUUUCAUGUCAUACGCAUUAAAAAACAAACAUUUAACAGAAGCCCACGGACAAAAGAGAACUUACCCGUGCAAUUUGUGUGACAAAGUCUACAAUAGACAAAAGACUCUAACUGAACAUCAAAGGAGGAACCAUCAAAAAGUUUUGAAGCACCAAUGUGAAUAUUGUGACCAACGGUUUUAUCUCCCGUCUAGGUUGAAAGAACAUAUGGCAACACACACCGGUGAAAGAAACUUCCGUUGUGAAUACUGUGAGAAGAGUUAUCCAAGAUUAAAAUCUUUACAGUAUCAUAUAAGAACUCAUACUAACGAUAGAAGAUAUAGGUGUCACCUUUGUGGGCAAGCGUUCAUACAGAACACCAGCCUCAAGUCUCAUAUUAAAAGCCACCAUCCCGAGUGUGAAAUUGAAGGAGAAGUGUGUUAUUUCUGA